UCAAACACCAUAGCUGUUCCAGUUUUACUAGGGUGCAGAAGAGUUUUUAGUUGAGUAAUUAGUGAUGUGAAUAUCGUUUUCUCGGAGUAGUUUAACUUUGAAAGAUUCGGGAAAUAUUGCAUUGCGCGUUAGAAUCUGUUUCCUAAUCAUGAAAACUUGAUUGUAAUGAGUAAGCGUGCAUAACUGUUAAAUCUUAUUUAAUCUCCAUGGCCCUUCAAAAGCACAGAUUGGAAUAUGAACGGCUGAACUUAAAAGACAUUCGAACGAGCAUUCGUAACGUCGUGGAUAGUGAGUUUACACCUGGAAACAUUUUUCGUGACAAUGUGGUAUACUUCGAACGGGAUAAUGGCGAAAAAAUAUAUAGUCUCGAUAGUUGCAAAGAUUUUAAAUCACUAUGGAUGGAAUGGCGGCAGAACAACUCUAGCAACAUAAUUUACAUACCACCGGAGGUGUUUUUACGCGAAUCAGUUGAGGAAAAAAACAUAGAUAGCUGGACGAUCGGAUGUUUGUUGGUUCAGCUAUUAAACGACUACGCCCCAUUACAGCUUGUACGUCAUUGGCGAUAUUCUAAAGAAAUCGAAUAUUUUCGACCUGAAGGGGAAGACAUUAUGAACAAACUGAAGCAGUUUUAUACUGAAGUGCCGAAAGAAAAAGGUCUAAUUAUUGGUCCACUAAUUUCUUUCCCUGAACCAGUACCGAUUUCUUGCGAAGAUUUCUUAGCACGUUGCCUGGAGCUUGAUCCUGGCAAGCGAGAAAGUCUAGAUAAACUCAAACUGCAUCCAUUUCUCGAUAUGACAAAGUCCAUCAAUGAUUUGCGCGACCUGGACAAAGCGUAUUACCGCCAGCCACUGCCAAUCACCAAUAAGUUCAAGGUUACCAAUGUACGAAACCAACCAUUUCUAAGGAGUGAUCCGGCCGUUACCGUUCAACUUGGCGACUUGCAUUACGAAAACGCACCUGGGCUCUCGCAGAAGGCGGUUGACAUUUGGCGCUUUACCAUGUUCGAUGAAAAGAAAGAUGGCGAUUCGUAUACUAAAGCAUUCGGUAAACUGCUGCAUGUUUUGGAUUUGGAAAACAGCGGUGACACUAACUCUAAAGAGCGCACCAGUUUUUAUGGAAUUCGUGCUCUACAAAAAGGACAUGAAAAUAUUGUUCACCAUUUCGGUUGCCAAUUUAAGACAUCCGGCACCGCGUUUGCGCUCCCAGAGUUUCAAGUGUUCGCGGAACAUUGCCCAGGUGGAACAUUCCAAGAGGCUGCCAACUAUUAUUUACCAAUUCAAGUGGUUCAAAAGUGGCUUCGUUCGAUGCUCUGCGGAUUAGAGUUUUUGCAUAGCCAUGGAAUUAUACACCGCAACCUGAGCAGCGGCAUGGUGUUUUUCAGUGAGGCUGGUUUUAAGGGCACCGUUAAGAUUGGAGGUUUCCAUAAUAUGCGACAACUGGAAUCAGAACGCACCACAAGACAUGAAAUAAGUGCUCGACCCGGGCUUGACGGUCGUUUUGUUGCGCCGGAAAUAGUUAAUUCUUACGACGGUGACGUCAACAUUGGGCGCAAGAGUGAUAUUUGGAGUUUUGGCUGCGUCGCUUUGCAUUUGCUCAGUGGCCAGCCGCCUUUGUACACAGGCGCAAAGGACAAACCAAUUGCAAUUGAAAUGGCUGUUCUUUAUCAUUUGAACAGUACAGUCGAACCUCUACCGCACUUCCCGGAAUGGAUACCGAUUCGUAUAAAGGGCUUCCUUAAAGAGUGUCUAAAAUUCCAACCGGAACACCGCCCAACCGCCUCCGAUAUUCUAAAAAACGAUAGUGUUUUUCCGCUUCCUGACUCUGCUUCCAUUAACAAGUACGAUCAAAACCGGUCAGUAGGACCUAAGCUAGACGGAAGUAUAAUUACCUACUGGGAAAACUUUCGCUGCUGAUGCUAUGCAACGUUGAUUUAACAUUUCAAAAAACCUGCUGCUUGCUGUGUUAAAGCGUAUAAAUCCGAUAUCACCUUUCA